GAUCCAAGAUCAAACAAGUUGGUGUACCACAAGCAAGCAACCAACCGACCAUCAUCGAAUCCAUCCAUCCACUCGCUCAAUAUUCAUUCAUUCAUUCCAAUUCCAAUUAUACCCCCCCUUCACCUGGACCCAACCUCGCCGAUAUCUUUUCCUGUAAUCCCCCGACUCCCUUCCUUCCGAUCAUCAUUAUUUUUAGUUUUUAAUUUUACAUCUUAUUCUUCCAAUUUCACUUGUUAUAUCUAUAUCUAUAUUAUAUCUAAUAAUAUAAAAGAAAAAAAAGAUAAGGAAGAUAUGCGACGGGGUUCAUCAAAGAAAGGACCUUCAAAUUCAACCACCUCCUCCACUACUUCUUCUCCCAUGGAUCUAUUUCGCUCCGCUACAGGUAAAGCUGCAAGCAAAGAGUUGGAACGCAUUGAUCAGCUAUUCUAUUCAUAUGCAAACGAGUCUUCUGGUAUGAUUGACCCGGAAGGAAUAGAGUACCUGUGUUCUGACCUAGAAGUUGAACAUACAGAUGUACGGAUUUUGAUGCUUGCUUGGAAAAUGCAGGCUGAGAGGCAGGGAUACUUCACCCUGGAGGAGUGGCGAAAAGGUCUUAAAGCAUUACGGGCUGAUACUAUACUUAAGUUAAAGAAGGCACUUCCUGAGCUGGAAAACGAGGUCCGCAGGCCAUCAAACUUUGUGGAGUUCUAUUCUUAUGCAUUUCGAUAUUGCCUAACCGAAGAGAAGCAAAAGAGCAUAGAUAUUGAAAGCAUAUGUGAAUUAUUGGAGCUUGUUUUGGGGUCACAGUUUCCUCAACAGGUGGAUUCGUUUAUUCAGUAUAUACGGACGCAGAUUGAUUACAAGGUCAUAAACAUGGAUCAAUGGAUGGGGUUCUACAGAUUUUGCCAUGAGAUAAGUUUUCCAGAUUUCAACAAUUAUGAUGAGGAACUUGCUUGGCCGUUGAUCUUAGACAACUUUGUUGAGUGGGUGAAGUCGAAACAGAGCUAAUUUAGUUUCAUCAGUGCAAGCGUGGUUUUGGUUACUCAGUGUCCACAUUCAGUUUCAAUUAUUGAGCAGGUAUCUCUGUUAUGCCAAGAAAGCUCACAUCGUCGAAGGCUUCAUUAAUAUUAUUGUCUCAUAUCAAUGUGCAGGAUUCUGCUAAAACAACUAAACAACACAUAUGUUGCAUGAAAAACAUCCCCCCCCCCUGUGUUUAUGAAUGUUUUGUAUUUUUUUAUAUGUAGAGGAAAUAAGUUUUUUUUAUAUA